AUGGACGCCGUUCCCACGCUGGAAGAGAUCCAGAAAGCAAUUAGUCUACUGUCAACUGGCAAAGCACCUGGCGGAGACUCCAUCCCAGACCUCAAGGACGCCUCAAUCAACCACCUGUACAAGCGAAAGGGAAAUAGACAGGCUUGUGACAACCACCGUGGAAUUUCCCUUCUCUCCAUCGCAGGCAAGACGCCAGUUCCACUUAACCGUCUCAUUAAACACCUUGAGGAUUGCCUCCUGCCCGAGAGUCAGUGUGGCUUCCGGAAAAAUCGCGGUACAAUGGACAUGGUGUUCGCUACACGUCAGCUGAAAGAGAAGUAUCAGGAACAGAACUCCGACCUGUACUCCAUUUACGUUGAUCUGACCAAGGUUUUUGACACAGAGAAGACGUCUACAAGCGAAGCCAAAUCGGACACCAUCAACGACUUCCUGUUUGCUGAUGAUGCUGCCCUCAACGCUACCUCCGAGGUUAAUAUACAGCACAGCGUUGACAAGUUCUCUAAUGCCUGCGACAACUUUGGCCUUACUAUCAGCACAAAGAAGAUCGAAGUCAUGAACCAGCCAGCACCAGGCAAACCGUAUGUUGAGCCUAACAUCACCAUCAACAACCAACGGCUAAAUGUAGUGGACAAGUUUACGUACCUCGAUAGCACUCUCUCCAGCAACAUUGUGAUUGAUGAUGAGGUGAAUGCUAGACUGACCAAGGCGAGUGUUGCUUUCAGCAGACUGUUCAAGAAUGUGAGGGACAGAAGAGGCAUCACAACAGAGAUAUAG